AUGUCCACCGUUUUGGAAAAAUUCAAGAAGGUCGAAUUGAUCGAUUUGGCUGAUAAACUUGGUUUGUCCGUUAGUACAAGCAAUACGAAACCAACAUUGGUUCUAAAGAUCUUGGAUCAUUUGGAAUCCCUGGAUGAACCUGUCGAUUUGAACGAAUAUCCAGAGUUACAGCUAUACUACGAAGCGCUAGCAGAAGAUAAUGAUGAAGAAGAUAGUGAGGAGGAGGAAUCGUCUCUAGAUGAUGAGGAAGAGGAGGAUGAACAAGAUAUUAAGGAAAUGUUUGAUCGUUCUGAUUUGCCAACGAAAUCCCCAGCUUGUCUGUGGUUUUCAAAUUUGAGAUUCGUCAACAAGGUCACAAACAGUCCUUACUACUUCAGAUUCCAUGAAUUUGUCGAUGACGUCCAAUGGACCACUCAGGAAUGGAACGAAACCGUACAGGAUUAUUUGUCUACUUUGCACACUGUGAAACAGUUGGUAUUGGCUGUGGAAUUGUUCGUUUUCGUUAAAUCUUUGAUCCAAUUCAACUGGUACCGUUUCCCAUCUCCAGAUUUCGUCACUUUCUAUCCAAGUCAAAGGGAUUUCAUUCUUUCCGUCUCUUUCUGGUUCAUUUUCUCCCGUAUGAUUCCAUCCAUCGUCUCAUACUAUUUCAAUUUUGUCCGUCAUGAGUUGUUCGCUAUAGAAUUUGAUCCAUUGGUUUACCAUUUGACAAAAGUGUUGAUCUCUUUACAAUUUUUGUACAACUCCCCUAGCGUCAAGAAAGAGAUCGAAUUGCUGUUAUCCUCGGAUUAUUCCAUUUGCCAAUUGUUAUCCCAUGGUUAUAACGUGGGUUUGUUCUGUUGGAAAUUCCAACUGGGCCACCUACCCUUGAUCGCUAACUCCGCUGCCGUGAUCAUUGCCUUGUACGUUUUGGCUUAG